UUGACCACCUCCUUCCACUGGCAAUGAAGCCUCGUCGGCUCUUCAUAGCUGUGAAAAGCUUCUCGGGAGAAGCCAAGUCAGGCGGGGAGGUGAAGGUCUCUAAAGGCAGCCUCCUGCGUCAAGAAGAUACCUCCAGGGCCUCCUCAGAGGGGCAUUUCUGGGCCAAGGUCUUGGACAUGGAAAAAGUGGUCCGAGUCUCUUUUUCCGCUGUUCGGGAACUGACCGGAACCCACGCUGGGCUCUUGGAAGCUGUGACCAAUGGAGAAGAACGCCUGGGACUUUUCAGUCAAGAGCGGCUGAUGCGGAGGCUGAGCUCCCUCCAGAAAGGAGACCCAGUGCGGGUCCAGAUCACUUCUGCCUCUGGGCAAAAAGUUCAAGGCAUUGUCCGAUACCGGGGGCCCAUAGAGAAGAACAAGCGGGAUACGAGCAUCAUCUUUGGGGUAGAGCUGGUGGGUUCCGCAGCUGGGAAAGGUUUCACCGAUGGCUCCUUCAAAGGUCAGAAGUUCUUCUCUUGUCAAGAGAACUGCGGGGUCUUCGUACCUGUCAACCGCAUUGAGCCAGAUGACUCGGUGAAGGGCAUCUCUCCAGCUCCUUCCAGAGGCACUGCCAGGGAAUGCACAAGGAUCCAGCUGACAUCUGGAGAUCCCUUGUCGUCUCCCGGGCUGGAGGUUGGGGACCGUGUUUCCUUCAAGAUGGAAGACAGCAACCCAACGGGCACUGUGGUGUACUGCAACUACCUGCCCAAGAAAAUGGAGACUGGGGUGUUCGUGGGGAUACACCUGGAUAAACCAGUCGGCUCCUGGGAUGGUUAUUUCAAAGAACGCAAGCUCUGCCAUAUCCCAGCGCCAGAGUAUGGGAUUCUCCUGCCAAUUUCUAAAGUACAAAAAGAACAGCCGGACAGAAGCCCUGAGGGGUUGGACAGCAGUUCCUCCCCACCCACCUUGGCCUCCUUCGAUUACCCCUCCCCCUCGUCCAUCCGGUAUCCCCCAAAGAUGGAGGGGUGUUCCCCCAAGGAAUCGCUGUUCCCUUCCCUUGCCUUGGAGAAGCGCAAAGGCGGGAACGGUGCGGGGAACAAGGAAGAACAGGAGGCAGGCGAAGAAGAUGAGGAGGAAGAGGGUGAACAAUACAGCCACUAUCUCCUGGAGAUCAACUCCAUGGUGGAGGUGAACGAUCCCCCGAUCUACGGGGUGAUCCGCUGGAUCGGGGAUCUGCCUGACAUGGAUGAAACAAUUGCUGGUCUGGAGCUGGAGGAGCCGCUGUCUUCAGGCUGCACAGACGGACAGUACAGAGGGAUCCGCUACUUCUGUUGCCCCCCCAACAAGGCCCUCUUUGUCAAGUUGCGUCGCUGUCGGCCCGACUCUCGUUUCGGCACGGAGCAGAAUCUGGAGAAUCCCGUUUUGCGAUGCAAUUCCUUAGAUUUCCGUGUGUAUGCCAGUGCAAAAGUGGAAGAGGACACUCCGCCACUGCCAUUGGGCGAUCGCGGUCUAGAGCAACUCUUGGGAUGGAAGAAAGGCAUCCAGGGACACUGCAAUUCCUGUUAUCUGGACGCUACGCUUUUCUGUAUGUUCACUUUCUCCUCGGUCCUGGAUUCGAUGCUGCUCCGUCCAGCAGACAAGAACGACGGGGAGUCUUACACUGAGAUACGGGACCUGCUGAGGACAGAGAUAGUCAACCCUUUGCGCAAGAAUGGCUAUGUCUGUGCCACCAAAGUCAUGGCUCUGCGGAAAGUUCUGGAAACUGCUGGGCAUUCUUCAGGCUUCACCAGUGAAGAGAAAGACCCAGAAGAAUUUCUCACCCUGUUGUUCCGAGUCCUGAAAAUGGACCCGCUCUUCCAGAUUCGCUCGGCUGGGAAGGACCCCCACGGCUGCAUUUUCUACCAGAUCUUCACCGAGGAGCACCUGACCCAGGGCGUGCCCACUGUUCAGCAGCUCCUGGAAGGGUCCCUCGUCACCGCAGACCUCAAGUUCACGGAGGCCCCCUCCUGUCUUAUCCUACAGAUGCCCCGGAACGGAAAGAAUUUCAAGGCCUUCCGCACCAUCCAGCCUAGCCUGGAACUUGACCUCACUGACCUUCUGGAAGACACACCUCGGGAGUGUUGUAUCUGUCAAGGGCUGGCUGUGAUGGAGUGUCUGGAUUGUUACGGGGAUCAAAGCUUUGGCUUCAGACACAUCAAACAGUUCUGCAGGACGUGCAGCCAGCAGGUUCACAAGCACCGUAGCCGUCGCUGCCACCAGCCCCGUCCCCUGCACCUGCCCGAGGAGCUGUCCCGUUUGGGCCACCUGCCUGAGGUCAUCCCCCGCCAGACCAUGCAGCUCUUCGCCGUCCUCUGCAUCGAGACCAGCCACUAUGUAGCCUUUACCCGCCACGGCUCUGGUAUCCACCAGUGGCUCUUCUUUGACAGCAUGGCUGACCGGGAAGGGGGCCUCAAUGGCUUUAACAUCCCUCGCAUCACGGCCUGUUCGGAGGUUGCGGACUACUUGGACAUGCCCCCUAAGGAGCUGCAGAGCCUGGACCCCAAAUCUUUGGCCCCCUGCGCUCGCCGCCUGCUCUGCGACGCCUACAUGUGCUUCUACCACAGCCCUUCCCUCGGCCUCUACAAAUAAGCUCCUUGGCUGAAGAGC